UAUGAGGGAGGAGCUGACCAAAGUUCAAUGGAACAAUACCCUAGCAGGGAAGACAGUGGAACAAAAAUGGCAGGUAUUUCUGUGAAUAAUGCAGAAGGGAAAAUCGGAUGUGUCAGUAUUACAGUUGAACAAAGGGAACUAUGGAGCUAUGAGGGAGGAGCUGACCAAAGUUCAAUGGAACAAUACCCUAGCAGGGAAGACAGUGGAACAAAAAUGGCAGGUAUUUCUGGAAAUAAUGCAGAAGGUGCAGGAUCGGUUCAUUCCAAAGAGGAAGAAAGAUCCUAAGGGGAGUAAGGGGCGGCCGUGGCUGAUGAGGGAAGUAAAGGGCAGUAUAAAAAUAAAAGAGAAGAAGUAUAACAUAGCAAAGAUGAGCGGGAAACCGGAGGACUGGGAAGCUUUUAAAGAGCAACAGAAGAUAACAAAAAAGGCAAUACACCAAGAAGAAUUAAGGUACGAAGGUAAACUAGCCAAGAAUAUAAAGGAGGAUAGUAAAUGCUUCUUUAGGUAUGUGAAUAGCAAAAAAAUAGUUAAGACCAAAAUUGGGCCAUUGCAGACAGAAACGGGUGAAUUUAUUAUGGGGAACAAGGAAAUGGCAGAGGAGUUGAACAAGUACUUUGGAUCAGUCUUCACUAGGGAAGACACAAACAAUCUCCCAGAUAUAAUAGUGGCCAAAGGAACUACGGUAAAGGAUGAACUGAAGGAAAUUUAUAUUAGGCAAGAAACUUUUGAGUCUGAAGGCUGAUAAGUCCCUGGGAUUUGAUGGUCUGUAUCCCAGGGUACUUAAAGAGGUGGCUCUAGAAAUCGUGGACACAUUGGAAAUCAUUUUCCAAUGUUCUAUAGAUUCAGGAACAGUUCCUGCUGAUUGGAGGGUGGCUAAUGUUGUCCCACUUUUCAAGAAAGGAGGGAGAGAGAAAACAGGGAAUUAUAGACCAGUUAGCCUGACAUCAGUGGUGGGAAAGAUGCUGGAGUCAAUUAUAAAAGAAGAAAUUAUGACACAUUUGGGUAGCAGUAGAAAGAUCAGUCCAAGUCAGCAUGGAUUUAUGAAGGGAAGAUCACGCUUGACUAAUCUUCUGGAGUGUUUUGAGGAUGUAACUAUGAAAAUGGACAAGGGAGAGCCAGUGGAUGUAGUGUACCUGGACUUCCAGAAAGCUUUUGAUAAAGUUCCACAUAGGAGAUUGGGGGGCAAAAUUAGGGCACAUUGUAUUGGGGGCAGAGUACUGACAUGGAUUGAAAAUUGGCUGGCUGACAGGAAACAAAGAGUGGUGAUUAACGGUUCCCUUUCGGAAUGGCAGGCUGUGACCAGUGGGGAACUGCAAAGUUCGGUGCUGGGACCACAGCUGUUUACAAUAUACAUUAAUGAUUUAGAUAAAGGGAUUAAAAGAAACAUUAAGCAAUUUGCUGAUGACACAAAGCUGGGUGGCAGUGUGAAAUGUCAGAAGAAUGUUAUGAGAAUGCAGGGUGACUUGGACAGGUUGAGUGAGUGGGCAAAUGUAUGGCAGAUGCAGUUUAAUGUGGAUAAAUGUGAGGUUAUCCACUUUGGUGGCAAGAACAGGAAGGCAGAUUACUAUCUAAAUGGAGUCAAGUUAGGAAAAGGGGAAGUACAACGAGAUCUAGGUGUUCUUGUACAUCAGUCAAUGAAAGCAAGCAUGCAGGUACAGCAGGCAGUGAAGAGAGCUAAUGGCAUGCUGGCUUUUAUAACAAGAGGAAUUGAGUAUAGGAGUAAAGAGAUCCUUCUGCAGCUGCACAGGGCCCUGGUGAGACCCAACCUGGAGUAUUGUGUGCAGUUUUGGUCUCCAAAUUUGAGGAAGGACAUUCUUGCUAUUGAGGGAGUGCAGCGUAGGUUCACAAGGUUAAUUCCCGGAAUGGCGGGACUGUCAUAUGUUGAAAGAUUGGAGCGACUGGGCUUGUAUACACUGGAAUUUAGAAGAAUAAGAGGGGAUCUGAUUGAAACAUAUAAGAUUAUUAAGGGAUUGGACACACUGGAGGCAGGAAGCACGUUCCCGCUGAUGGGUGAGUCCAGAACUAGAGGCCACAGUUUAAUAAGGGGUAGGCCAUUUAGAACAGAGAUGCAGAAAAACUUUUUCACCCAGAGAGUGGUGGAUAUGUGGAAUGCUCUGCCCCAGAAGGCAGUGGAGGCCAAGUCUCUGGAUGCAUUCAAGGGAGAGUUAGAUAGAGCUCUUAGAGAUAGCAGGGUCAAGGGAUAUGGGGAGAGGGCAGGAACGGAGUACUGAUUGUGUAUGAUCAGCCAUGAUCACAGUGAAUGGCGGUGCUGGCUAGAAGGGCCGAAUGGCCUACUCCUGCACCUACUGUCUAUUGUCCUUUGUCUAUUGAUGGAAGGAAUUUUGAGGGGCUGAUCUACCAGCAUUUAGAGUCUAAUUAGGAGGAGUCGGCAUGGCUUUGUGCAUAGGAAGUUGUUCUUGAAGAACCUUAAGGAGUUUUUUUGAAGAAAACCAAAAGCAUUAAUCCGUUUGGAAAGUGGAGCAAGGAGAGUAAUUGGAUUUUAAUACAGGUAAGACUGAGGUGAUGCAUUCUGGGAAGUCAGACAAGUGUAGGACCUGUACUAUGAAUGGCAGGACUCCAGGCAGUGUAAUGGAAUAGAGGAAUGCAUGAGCACAGUACAUAGGUGGAUUGUAACUGCCUUUUCCCCAGGGUAUGGGUAUCGAAAGCUGGCAUAGAGUGAGAGGGGAACAUUUAAAAGGGACCUGAGUGGUGGUGAGUAUAUGGAAUGAGCCGCUAGAGAAAGUGGUUGAGGCGGGUAUAGUAGUUUCUUUUAAGAAGAAUUUGGUUAGGUACAUUGAUAGCAGGUCUUAAAGAAAUAUGGGUUAGCUGCAAGAAAUUGGGACUAGCUGUGUGGUACCAUGAUUGGCAUAGAUAUGGUGGUCUGGAAUGCCUGUAUUAGUGCUUUUUUGCUCUAUGACUGAGAAACAGGCUUCAAUUAUACUGGAGCCCAAGAAGAGCAGUGUGACCUGCAUCAUUGACUAUUGACCAGUAGCACUUGUAUGCAUAGUGAUGAAGUGUUUUGAGUGGUUGGUGAUGAAACAUAUCAACUCCUGCCUGUGAAGGAACUUAGAUCUGCUCCAAUUCGUCUUAUGGAGAAACAGGUCCACAGCAGAUAUCAUCUCAUUGGCUCUUCACUUAACCCUGAAACAUCUGGAUAGCAAAGAUGUAUACAUCAGGAUGCUCUUUAUCAACUACUGCUCAACAUUCAAUACUAUCAUCCCCUCAAAACUUAUCAAUAUCUCCAAGACCUUGUCCUUAAUACCUCCUCAUGCAAUUGGAUCUUAGAAUUCCUCGCUUGCAGACCUCUGUCAGUUUGGAUUGGCAACAACUUCUACAUGAUCUCCAUCAGCACAGGUGCACCACAAGGCUGCAUUCUUAGUCCCCUGACCUACUUGCUUUACACUUAUGAGUGCAUGGCUAAGCACCUCUCCAAUGCCAUAUUCAAGUUUGCUGAUGACACCACUGUUGUAGGUCAACUCAGAGAUGGUGAUGGAUCGGGAUUAUAGGAAGGAAAUUGGAAAUCGGGCUGAGUGGUGCCAAAACGGCACCUUCUUAUACAAUGUCUGCAAGACCAAGGAAUUGAUUAUAGACUUCCAGAGAAGGAAACCAGAGGGCUAUGAACCUGUCUUCAUCAGAGGUGAAGAGGGUUAUCAGCUUUAAAUUCCUCAGUGUUAUUAUUUCGGAGGACCUGUCCUGGGCCCAGCGCAUAAGUGCAAUUAUGAAGAAAGCAUGACAGUGCCUCUACUUCCUUAUGUGUUUGUAGAAAUUUGGCAUGAUAUCUAAAACCUUGACAAGCUUCUGUUAAUGUUUAGUGGAGAGUAUAUUGACUGGCUGCGUCACAGCCUGGUAUGGAAUGCCCUUGAAUGGAAAAUCCUACAAAUCACGGAUAAAGCCUUCCCAACCAUUGAGCACACCUACAUGAAAUGCUGUUGCAGGAAAGCACCCUCCAUCAUCAGGGACCCCCCGCUCCCCCCACCACCACCACAGGACACACUCUUUUUUCACUGCUUCCAUCAGGAAGAAAGUACAGGAGCCUCAGGAUUCACACCACCGGGUUCAGGAGCAGUUGCUACCCUUCAACCAUCAGGCUCUUGAACCAAAGGGGAUAACUUCACUCAACUUCACUUGCCCCAUCAAUGAGGUGUUCCUACAACCAGGAACUCU